AUGUCUCGGAUUACCACGGCCGCUAGCGCAGCAUCUGCCGCCGGGAUAUCGCAGCCGCAAGAGCAGCCAGCUCUCAAUAAAGCAGCGCUUGCAGCGGCCCCCGAGUCCUACGAGCAAACCCACGUGCACAACGUCUACGAGUCCAUUGCCAGCCACUUCUCCUCCACCCGGUACAAGCCCUGGCCUGUCAUCGCCUCUUUCCUUUCCGCCCUGCCCCCAGGGUCCGUAGGCCUCGACGUCGGCUGCGGUAACGGCAAGUAUUUAGCCGUGAACCCCAACGUGUUUAUCCUGGGCUCGGACCGCAGCGCCAACUUGGUGCGCAUCGCGCGGGAUCACUCCGGCGAACGGCGGUGUGAGGUCGCGGUUGCGGAUGGGCUGAGUCUGCCGUACCGCGAGGGAAGCGUGGAUUUCGCGAUUUGUGUGGCCGUGAUACAUCACAUGUCUACGCGGGACCGGAGGCGGGAGGCGGUGGGGACUUUGUUGGGGAGUGUCGUCGAGGGAGGACGAGGGAAGGUGCUGGUGUACGUGUGGGCGCUGGAGCAGGGGAACAGCCGGCGAGGCUGGGAUGCACGAUCGGAUCAGGAUCAGCUGGUACCGUGGGUGAUGAAGGCGAAGCAGGGCGGGGUGGAUGGGCCUGGGAACGCGGAGACUACUUACCAGCGAUACUAUCACCUGUACCGAAAGGGGGAGCUCGAGGAAGACGUGCUAGCUGUGGGUGGUAGAGUCGUGGAAAGUGGCUACGAUAGGGAUAAUUGGUGGGUCGUUGCGAGUCGGGCCUAA